GUUUAUUCCUUCAUGUAUAGAAGCUAAUCUUUAGCAUCUGAAUUAGAUGGCGAAGCAGCUUUCAUUUGCUCUCAAGCAGUGUGUGAACUCAAAGUUCACUGCAUCGGUCAAGAUGGUUCAUGCCCAUUCUCUUAAACUAGGCAGUCUAUCAGACGUACAUCUUUGCACGCAUGCACUGAAUGCAUACCGCAGGUGUGGGGUUGUGCUUGAUGCAUGCCAACUGUUCGACGAAAUUUCUGCUGAGGAUGAGCAACACGUAUUAUUGGAUGUAGUAUGUUGGAAUUCAAUAAUAUCGGGGUGUGUACAGAAUAGAUGGGAUGAAGAGGCCUUCUGCCGUUUCAAACACAUGCAGUUCUACCAUUCUCAUAAUAGCAGCUGCGACAAUUUGGAGGACCUACGUCCUGACUCAUAUACACUCUCAAGUCUAUUGUCCUCCAACUACUGCCUAGAGAGAAGCAUCAGCCCUGGUGAACAGCUUCAUGGAUAUGCCACCAAGACUGCCAUUCUAUCGAGCCUUUCUGUAGGGAAUGCUCUGAUAACCCUGUAUGCCAAAUGGGGUAACCUUAACGAAUCAAGGCUUGUUUUCAAAUCUAUGGCAGGACUAAAUAUUGUAUCAUGGACUGCAUUGAUAUCAGGCCAUGCUCAACUUGAAGGUCAAGAAGAAGAGUCUCUUAGGAUGUUUGUCAUUAUGAUGAGAGAAGGGGAACAGCAACCAAACCAGUUCACACUUGCCUCCGUUUUCAGUGCAUGUGGGAGAUUGGCUUCCUUCUCUCAGGGGGUGCCAUUUGUCACAAUUGCCUUGAAGUUGGGCCUUCUUUCUGACAUCCAUGUCCAGAAUUCACUUGUAGGGUUCUACUCAGAAUGUGGCUCUAUGGAAGUAGCUGAGGUUGUAUUCAAUGCUAUAACUAAUCCUGAUCUUGUAUCUUGGAAUUCUCUCCUUAAAGGUUACUCCCACCAAGGGACAGCUGAAAAAGCACUCAAAGUUUUUGAGGAGAUGAGCAUGAGAGGUACGACACCAGACACAAUCACUUUUCUCGCCAUCCUGUCUGCAUGCAGACACACAGGGAUGGUGUCACUAGGUCUAAGCCUCUUCAGAAGCAUGAAGGCAGAGUAUCAAAUUGAGCCAGAGGCAGAGCAUAUUUCUUGCAUUGUUGACCUCUUGGGACGUGCUGGACAGCUUCAACAGGCAGAAGAGCUUAUCAGUGGUAUCCAACAAAAACUUGGUCCUUCAGUGUGGCGUACACUGCUUGGAGCCUGCCGAUUACAUGGCCAGGGAGAACUAGCAGAAUUAGCGGCAUCAAGACUUCUAGAAUUGGAGCCUUGUGAUGCAGAAGCUCACAUUGUGCUCUCCCACAUCUAUGCAGCAAAUGGGAGGUGGGAAAUGGUGGCAAAACUUAGACGCUCACUCAAGGAGAAAGGAGUGGUAAAGGAGCCUGGCUACAGCUGGAUUGAGGUUGGGAACCAGGUGCACUCCUUUAUGGCAGCAGACUCAAACCAUCAACAGAUAGAUGCCAUUUACAAGACACUGCGGCUACUUACUAAACAUACCAAAGAACAGAAUAUUGAGGUUCCACUACAGAAACCGUGAAAUUGGAAAGAGACUAGAAUAGGUCAUCAUUUCAGAAUUCUGAAUUCCAAAAAAUGUACCAACAUUGGGUAUGUGCAAAAUUGGCAUGAGCAAUGUUGUUUGGUCUCUCUUUCUAAAACUUGUAAUUGCAUAAGUCCCAACAGAUAGCUGCUUAUCAGUUCAAACAAGAAUUGUUCUACUACAUGAAAAUUCCAAUGACAUGUUA